AUGAAGCUGAAAACCCAGUCGCCCGCUCUCCUCUCUCUCCCUCUCUCUCUCAGGUGCGUGCUGAGCGAGCCGGCAACCCUGCGGAGGUCUUCUUUCUUUCCGGUUUCCACUGAGAGAGAAAGAUAGAAGGAGCUGGUGAGAGAGGUCCAUCCAUGCCCAUGCCGACGGCCAUGUCCAUGUCCGGAUCCCGAGGGCCGUUUGGGGAGGGGGAGGGGGCGUCGCUGCCGGCGUCGUCGGGAGCGGACGCGAAGAAGCGGCGGGUGACCUACUUCUACGAGCCGACAAUCGGGGACUACUACUACGGACAGGGGCACCCGAUGAAGCCCCACCGCAUCCGGAUGGCCCACAAUCUGGUCGUGCACUACUCCCUCCACCACCUCAUGGAGGUCUGCCGCCCCUUCCCCGCCUCCGCCGACGACAUCCGCCGCUUCCACUCCGAUGACUAUGUCGACUUCCUCUCCGCCCUCGUCUCCCCCGCCCCCGCCCCCGCCCCCGCCGACCCCCGCCUCCUGAAGCGCUUCAACGUCGGCGAGGACUGCCCCGUCUUCGACGGCCUCUUCGAGUUCUGCCAGGCCUCCGCUGGCGGUUCCAUCGGCGCCGCCGUCAAGAUCAACCGCGGCGACGCCGACAUCGCCAUCAACUGGGCUGGCGGUCUUCAUCACGCCAAGAAGUGCGAGGCCUCCGGCUUCUGCUACGUCAACGACAUCGUCCUCGGCAUCCUCGAGCUCCUCAAGUUCCACAGGCGUGUACUCUAUGUAGACAUUGAUGUCCAUCAUGGAGAUGGUGUUGAAGAGGCUUUUUUCACAACUGAUAGAGUCAUGACUGUCUCAUUCCACAAAUAUGGGGACUUCUUUCCUGGGACAGGGCAUAUCAAGGACAAUGGUUUUGGGAAAGGAAAGUACUAUGCUUUGAAUGUUCCUUUGAAUGAUGGCACAGAUGAUGAUAGCUUCCGUGGACUAUUUAGGCCAAUCAUUCAAAAAGUAAUGGAGGUUUAUCAGCCUGAUGCAGUGGUUCUCCAGUGUGGUGCAGAUUCCUUGGCUGGAGAUAGGCUAGGUUGCUUCAACUUGUCAGUGAAGGGGCAUGCAGAUUGUCUACGAUAUCUCAGAUCUUUUAAUGUACCUCUGAUGGUAUUGGGUGGUGGAGGUUAUACUAUUAGGAAUGUUGCUCGCUGCUGGUGCUAUGAGACAGCUGUUGCAGUUGGAGUGGAACCUGAUAAUAAGUUGCCGUACAAUGAAUAUUAUGAGUACUUUGGUCCUGACUAUAAUCUUCAUAUUGAACCAAAAAACAUAGAGAAUCAGAACUCUCCACAAGAUCUCGAGACAAUGAGGAAUGUUUUGUUGGAGCACCUUUCGAAGAUACAGCAUGUUCCAAGUGUACAGUUUCAGGCCAGACCUCCAGAUGCAGAAACUCCUGAGGAGGAAGAUGAGGAUAUGGAUCGCAGGCCGCAACGUCAACUAUGGAGUGGUGAAUGUUAUGAUUCUGAACCAGAAGAGGGCAAAAGGCCUCAACAUGGACAUUCUAGCUUAAGCGAUAUAUCUGCAGCGCACUCUGAUAAUAUGUUUCAGGGGCAAAAACUUGUUCAUGAUGCAGGACCGGCUAUAAAAAUUUGAAGCAGCUGAGCAAGCCAAUUACCGUCUGUCAAGGAUCUACAGCAAAAAAGAAUAUGGACAAAGUUAUUCUUGCCUUAGUGGCCUUCAUCUAUGAGAUCAUCAUUACAAUUGUGUACUUAUCUGCUUUGUUGUAUCCGGAAAGACGAAAUACACUGAUGUUCAGCGGUAGGAGGCUGUCAAUUCUUUCUGCAGUUGAGGUAUGUGUCUGGUCUGGAGAAAUUGUUGUGCUAUUGCAUCGUGCACCCACCCCCCACCCCCCACCCCCUUCUUAAAAAAGAGAGAGAAGAGAACAGUAAAUGGAAAAUAAACUCGUGCAUGUAAUGUAGAAGUUGAAAUGCAUAGAUUCUCUCGUCA